GUACGUUCCAUCAGCUAGGUAGCUAACCUUAGACCUUAUUUGGUCACUGUGACGUGUUUAUUCACUCGGCAGCACACUUGACGAUGAAAUAUUGUCACUACAGUGGCCUUAAAUCCGUACUUUGGGUAUGGGAAGGUUGUCUCAGACCUGUCAUGGUUGAGCAAGGCUUGGCUAACGUGCCAAAAACCAACAUGGCUUAUUUCCCCGUGGGGACCGUUGUAGAGUACCGUUGUGAUUCUGGUUACCUGAUAAAUGGACCUAACGUCCUCACCUGCACCGCACUGGGACACUGGUCGUCAGAACCACCAAAGUGCAUACACAGUAACGGAUGCGUGAGGCCCUACGUGGUUGAAAACAGCUGGGCGCAUCACACCGAAACCAACAGGGGCUUGUUCGCUGUUGGCACCGUGCUGCAGUACAGCUGCGACCCCGGUUACCCGCCAGACGGCCCGAGCAUUCUCACGUGCAUCUUGCCAGGACGCCGGUCCUCAGAACCUCCUCGCUGGACGAGGAGCCGGUCAGCGAUAACGUUGCUUCGGCGACGGUUCCCAGCCCCGUGUCUCGCGUGCAUAACGUGUUUUCUGAGGGACCGCCCCAACCACCGGCGCCGGUGGCUGGCCCCUCUCGGCCCACGUCCGUCCCUGAAAAUUCCUUCGGAUGACAUCAGGUCAGUUGAGGUCAAAACCCACGACAGCGAUGCUCACACUCGCUGGGUGCGGUGGCGCGUACCUGUAAUCCAAGUCACUGGGAGGCUGAGGCUGGCGGAUCGUUUGAGCUCAGGAGUUCUGAGCUGCGGCGGACUAUGUCGAGCGGGCGUCCGCGUUAAGUUCGGUAUCGAUAUGGCGCUCCCGGGUGAGCUCGGGAGCACCAGGUCGCCUAAGGAGGGGUGCACCGGCCGAGGUCGGAAACGGAGCAGGUCAAAGCCCCCGUGCCGCUCAGUAGUGGGAUCGCGCCUGUGA